AUGUCGAAGGUCCAGGCUACAAAGGACGUGCUUGUCAAGCUCAUUGUUCCUGCAGGCGGCGCGAGUCCAUCUCCUCCCAUCGGCCCAGCUCUUGGUGCUCGGGGUGUCAAGUCAAUCGACUUCUGCAAGGAGUUCAAUGCCAGGACUUCCAUGUACACGCCUGGUGUGCCGCUGCCAGUCAACAUCACAAUCAGACCAAACAGAACAUUUGCCUUUGACAUCAAAACACCCUCGACCGCCUACCUUCUUAUGAAAGCUGCGGGCAUUGACAAGGGCAGCACUGCGCCUGGGACCUCGCUUGUUGGCAAGAUAUCUAUGAAGCACGUCUGGGAAGUGGCCAAGAUUAAGCAGAAGGACACAAAACUCCAAGGGCUGGAGCUUGAAGCAAUUUGCAAAAGCAUCGUCGGCAGUGCCAAGUCUCUUGGCCUCGAAGUAGCUCCCUAA